AUGGCCGUUUCCGAUGACGGGCACCAUGUAUACGCUGUUGGCAACUACACUCCACCGGGCAACUACGUUGGCGACUGGAACCAGAAUGUGCCUGCGCCCGUCAACGGAAAGAUUUGGGUGCCGGAUCGCAGCGAGUACAUACUGGAAAUGCUCACUGACGAUGUCAGCGAAACGUCUGGGAAGGUACCGCAUCCACAGUCCGACUGGAAAUUGUCAUGCAUACUAUGGAUUCCGGAGCAGAUGCGUUCCUCUAGGUCUUCCUACCAAUAUGACCAACCAACUCCUUCCGACCACCGCAAGAGCCUGGCCUACAUACAAAGUGGCGUCAUCUCUUCACAGAAUGCUACUUCUGCAGCAUCAAGUGCAACCGAAAUGGGGACGGAGCCUGAAAUGCCUGAAUCUCGGUGUCUCCUGACAGAGCUUGAGGAUGAGGUGAAGUCUCAAGUCGGCCUAAUCAAAAUCGAGGGAAAUUUAAUAAUCUGCAUCGUAAACGAUCUGUACCAUCAUGACCCCGUCAACAGUUUCGGAUGGCUUGCAAUUUGGUACCAUGUACAGCAGAUCGAAGUGCGUCUGUCGUCAUCUUGCGAUGAGUUCCUCCAACUAACGUACAGUCAACCCAAAACUGCCGGAAUCCGUGGACCGAUGGAAGCAGAAGUGCGAUCCUUUUGGCUGCCCACGACACAAUCUAAAGCAAAUCUGGGCGUCUCGACUUUGCAUUUCGAAGAAAAAGUGCCACACUUUCCUUUCGAGUGGAAGUGUCCGGUGAAGAGAGCCGGAGGUGGAUCCCGCCAGAAGACGACGGUGGAUUCCUUUUUGUCAGGCGUUGAUUUGCUUUACUGCAACAUUCCUGAUGCCGCUGUCUGUGAGGCAAUCUUCUUUGAUUCCGGCGAAAACGUGCUAAGCUUUCGUCCGUCAUCAUCAGAGCGGGCAAUCCUCCUUACAUCGUAG